ACAAUCAGGUGUUAGCAUGUUAGCUGUCAGGUAGAUAACCUGUCAGUCAGUCAGGUGUUAGCGUGUUAGCUGUCAGGUAGAUAACAGGUCAGUCAGUCAGGUGUUAGCGUGUUAGCUGUCAGGUAGAUAACCUGUCAGUCAGUCAGGUGUUAGCGUGUUAGCGGUCAGGUAGAUAACCUGUCAGUCAGUCAGGUGUUAGCGUGUUAGCUGUCAGGUAGAUAACAGGUCAGUCAGUCAGGUGUUAGCGUGUUAGCGGUCAGGUAGGUAACCUGUCAGUCAGUCAGGUGUUAGCGUGUUAGCUGUCAGGUAGAUAACCUGUCAGUCAGGUGUUAGCAUGUUAGCGGUCAGGUAGGUAACCUGUCAGUCAGUCAGGUGUUAGCAUGUUAGCUGUCAGGUAGAUAACCUGUCAGUCAGUCAGGUGUUAGCAUGUUAGCUAUUGGGUAGAUAACCAGUCAGUCAGGUGUUAGCAUGUUAGCUAUCGGGUAGAUAACCUGUCAGUCAGUCAGUCAGGUGUUAGCAUGUUAGCUGUCAGGUAGAUAACCUGUCAGUCAGUCAGUCAGGUGUUAGCAUGUUAGCUGUCAGGUAGAUAACCUGUCAGUCAGUCAGUCAGGUGUUAGCAUGUUAGCUGUCGGGUAGAUAACCUGUCAGUCAGUCAGUCAGGUGUUAGCAUGUUAGCCGUCAGGUAGAUAACUUGUUUGUCAGGAGUUAGCGUGUUAGCUGUCGGGUAGAUAACCUGUCAGUCAGUCAGGUGUUAGCGUGUUAGCUGUCGGGAGAUAACCAGUCAGUCAGGUGUUAGCGUGUUAGCUGUCAGGUAGAUAACUUGUUUGUCAGUCAGGAGUUAGCGUGUUAGCUGUCGGGUAGAUAACCUGUUAGUCAGUCAGGUGUUAGCAUGUUAGCUAUCGGGUAGAUAACCUGUCAGUCAGGUGUUAGCAUGUUAGCUAUCGGGUAGAUAACCUGUCAGUCAGUCAGUCAGGUGUUAGCAUGUUAGCUAUCGGGUAGAUAACCAGUCAGUCAGGUGUUAGCAUGUUAGCUAUCGGGUAGAUAACCUGUCAGUCAGUCAGUCAGGUGUUAGCAUGUUAGCUGUCAGGUAUGUAACCUGUCAGUCAGGUGUUAGCAUGUUAGCUGUCAGGUAGAUAACCUGUCAGUCAGUCAGUCAGGUGUUAGCAUGUUAGCUGUCAGGUAGAUAACCAGUCAGUCAGGUGUUAGCAUUUUGGCUGUCAGGUAGGUAACCUGUCAGUCAGUCAGGUGUUGGCGUGUUAGCUGUCGGGUAGAUAACCUGUCAGUCAGUCAGUCAGGUGUUAGCAUGUUAGCUAUCGGGUAGAUAACCUGUCAGUCAGUCAGUCAGUCAGGUGUUAGCAUGUUAGCUGUCAGGUAUGUAACCUGUCAGUCAGGUGUUAGCAUGUUAGCUGUCAGGUAGGUAACCUGUCAGUCAGGUGUUAGCAUGUUAGCUGUCAGGUAGGUAACCUGUCAGUCAGUCAGGUGUUAGCAUGUUAGCUAUCGGGUAGGUAACCUGUCAGUCAGUCAGGUGUUAGCAUGUUAGCUGUCAGGUAGGUAACCUGUCAGUCAGUCAGGUGUUAGCAUGUUAGCGGUCAGGUAGAUAACCUGUUAGUCAGUCAGGUGUUAGCAUGUUGGCUGUCAGGUAGGUAACCUGUCAGUCAGUCAGGUUUUAGCGUGUUAGCUGUCGGGUAGAUAACCUGUCAGUCAGGUGUUAGCAUGUUAGCUGUCAGGUAGGUAACCUGUCAGUCAGUCAGGUGUUAGCAUGUUAGCUGUCAGGUAGAUAACCAGUCAGUCAGGUGUUAGCAUGUUAGCUAUCGGGUAGAUAACCUGUCAGUCAGUCAGGUGUUAGCAUGUUAGCGGUCAGGUAGGUAACCUGUCAGUCAGUCAGGUGUUAGCAUGUUAGCUGUCGGGUAGAUAACAGGUCAGUCAGUCAGGUGUUAGCAUGUUAGCUGUCGGGUAGAUAACCUGUCAGUCAGUCAGUCAGGUGUUAGCAUGUUAGCUGUCAGGUAUGUAACCUGUCAGUCAGGUGUUAGCAUGUUAGCUGUCAGGUAGGUAACCUGUCAGUCAGGUGUUAGCAUGUUAGCUGUCAGGUAGGUAACCUGUCAGUCAGUCAGGUGUUAGCAUGUUAGCUAUCGGGUAGGUAACCUGUCAGUCAGUCAGGUGUUAGCAUGUUAGCUGUCAGGUAGGUAACCUGUCAGUCAGUCAGGUGUUAGCAUGUUAGCGGUCAGGUAGAUAACCUGUUAGUCAGUCAGGUGUUAGCAUGUUGGCUGUCAGGUAGGUAACCUGUCAGUCAGUCAGGUUUUAGCGUGUUAGCUGUCGGGUAGAUAACCUGUCAGUCAGUCAGUCAGGUGUUAGCAUGUUAGCUGUCAGGUAGAUAACCUGUCAGUCAGGUGUUAGCAUGUUAGCUGUCAGGUAGGUAACCUGUCAGUCAGUCAGGUGUUAGCAUGUUAGCUGUCAGGUAGAUAACCAGUCAGUCAGGUGUUAGCAUGUUAGCUAUCGGGUAGAUAACCUGUCAGUCAGUCAGGUGUUAGCAUGUUAGCGGUCAGGUAGGUAACCUGUCAGUCAGUCAGGUGUUAGCAUGUUAGCUGUCGGGUAGAUAACCUGUCAGUCAGUCAGGUGUGAGCAUGUUAGCUCGCAGGUAGGUAACCUGUCAGUCAGUCAGUCAGUCAGUCAGAUGUUAGCAUGUUAGCGGUCAGGUAGGUAACCUGUCAGUCAGUCAGGUGUUAGCGUGUUAGCUUUCAGGUAGAUAACCAGUCAGUCAGGUGUUAGCAUCUUAGCUAUCGGGUAGGUAACCAGUCAGUCAGUCAGGUGUUAGCAUGUUAGCGGUCAGGUAGAUAACCUGUCAGUCAGUCAGGUGUUAGCAUGUUAGCUCGCAGGUAGAUAACCAGUCAGUCAGGUGUUAGCGUGUUAGCUGUCGGGUAGAUAACUUGUUUGUCAGUCAGGAGUUAGCAUGUUAGCUGUCGGGUAGAUAACCUGUUAGUCAGUCAGGUGUUAGCAUGUUAGCGGUCAGGUAGGUAAUCUGUCAGUCAGUCAGGUGUUAGCAUGUUAGCUGUCAGGUAGAUAACCUGUCAGUCAGUCAGUCAGGUUUUAGCAUGUUAGCUGUCGGGUAGAUAACCAGUCAGUCAGGUGUUAGCAUGUUAGCUGUCGGGUAGAUAACCUGUCAGUCAGUCAUUCAGGUGUUAGCAUGUUAGCUGUCGGGUAGAUAACCAGUCAGUCAGGUGUUAGCAUGUUAGCUGUCGGGUAGAUAACCUGUCAGUCAAUCUAUUAUUAAACUAGACAGGACUCUGCGGUCAGGUUAGCAACGAUUAGCAACAUCCGAUUAGGCUUUCGAAAUAAAACGUUAACGUUGCAAAACAUUUUGAACGGCAUGAUGUUAAAGUUGUGAAACGUCGCAGUUUGGUUAGGUUUAGGCACCAAAAGUACAAGGUUAGGGUUAGGAAAAAGUCGUGGUUAGGGUGAAAAUAACCAUGUACGUUCAGUAACGUUACUUGCGUAACUUACGCAGUUUACUCAACCUAUGUAACUUAAAUAAGAAUAUUUAAUGUUGACUUUUUGUUUCACACGGGACACGAACCCCGGUCUCCUGGUUCAAAGUCGUGGGUUCUGGCCCUCCAGCCACCUCCUUACUCAGUCCUUCCUCUUAAAUAUCAUGGACCUGCCUUUACCGUCAGGACGCUACAGGGCUUCCUCUACUGUGUUGAGCGGUGACGCUACAGGGAUCCCCAGUGCGUUACAAACUGACGCCGAUGGGUCUUGUCCGUGCGUCCAUAUGUGACGAGUCUGGGAGUGAGAAGAAAUUCACUUGUGUUUUUUUUGGGGCGAUUUUAUAAAACUGCCGAAUAAGAAAUUCACUAGAGCAGACAGAUAAUUGUUUGUUCAGUCAACUCACAUUCAGUUCUAACAUACGCAAACCUGCCACACUAGACGUUCCAACAGACGCCUGUAAACGGUAUCGUAUGAAGUUGCAUGGAACUCUCCUCCAGCUCAGAUCCUAAAGCACGCAGUGAAGCAAGCUUUGAGAAACAGCCCUGAGCUGCAGCCACACUUUUUAAUAUGGAGCGCUAUCAUUAGCUAUACUAAUAUGUUGUGUUGUGCAGGAAGAAUAUUGUUAGUUAUUAUUCUCUUUAUGUUUUUAAAAUCACGCGAUAGUUUUUAAUCUGUUGUUUUUUUAUCUGGAGGAGUAGCUGAUUAGGUAAUUUGGGAUCCUAAUAAAAUCUGGUGGGCGAGCAUGUGCUGUGCCUCCUGCACGUUGACCUGCAGUGGGAAAUAAACACCGACCAGAACGAGCUGAUCUAAGGCUGCGUUCACUCUGCAGGCCCAUAUCAGACUCCAGUGUGCGCCGCCCACGUGUGCAGAAGAAUAAUACGAUGUCACACGCAGCACGUUGUCGUAUGGAGGUGUGGUCUCCAGGCUGGCUGCCCCGCCCCCCUCAGCGUCACGCCCCCCCCUGCCCCCCCGGCCCCCCCUCAUGGAGAGGAUGAGGAAGAUCAAACGGCAGCUGUCACUCACUCUGGGAAGGGGAGGGGCCGGGGGAGGCGACAGGACGCUGAGUGACAACAACAGCCAGGAAGUGACAUCACACAGUGACUCAGAGGUGGUGUCUCUUCGUGGUUCUUCUGGAAGUUUGAAGGUUCGAGGUUCCUCCUCUUCAGUUCAGUCUCUUCUUCAGUCGUACAGCAGGAAACCUCGAGGCCUCGGACGCAGCCUGAGCUCCUACCUGAACCACACAGCACGACUGGAGAUCGUCCACGAGGAUGUGAAGAUGAAUUCAGAUGGAGAAAGUGAUCCGGCUUCUUCUUCAGACGACGUUCAGAGUCCAGUUAGAGUCAGACUGAGAAACAAGAAGAUCUCUACUGAGGACAUUAACAAGCGUCUCUCGCUACCAGCAGACAUUCGUCUUCCAGACGGUUACCUGGAGAAAUUUAAUGUGAUUGGUCCAGCUCUGUUUGAGCAGCCAAUCAGCAGACGGCUGCGCAGAGUGUCUCUGUCAGAGAUCGGUUUUGGGAAACUGGAGACAUACAUCAAACUGGACAAACUGGGAGAGGGGACCUAUGCCACAGUGUAUAAAGGUCGCAGUAAACUGACCGAUAACCUCGUGGCUCUGAAGGAAAUCCGCCUGGAACAUGAAGAAGGAGCUCCGUGUACUGCUAUCAGAGAAGUGUCUCUGUUGAAGGAUCUGAAACACGCCAACAUCGUCACGCUUCAUGACAUCAUCCAUACGCAGAAAUCCCUCACACUGGUGUUUGAGUAUCUGGACAAAGAUCUGAAACAGUAUCUGGACGACUGUGGAAACACCAUCCACGUUCACAACGUCAAACUCUUUCUGUUCCAGUUGCUACGAGGCUUGUCGUACUGUCAUCGGAGGAAAGUUCUCCACAGAGACCUGAAACCCCAAAACCUGCUGAUCAACGAGCGAGGAGAGCUUAAACUGGCAGACUUUGGUUUGGCUCGAGCGAAGUCGAUCCCGACGAAGACGUACUCUAACGAGGUGGUGACGCUGUGGUACCGACCGCCGGACAUCCUGCUGGGCAGCACCGACUACUCCACCCACAUCGACAUGUGGGGGGUUGGUUGUAUCUUCUAUGAGAUGGUGACGGGUCGACCUCUGUUUCCUGGUUCCACCGUGGAGGAGGAGCUUCACUUCAUCUUCAAACUCUUGGGUACUCCCACAGAGCGGAGCUGGCCUGGGAUCAGUUCAAAUGACGAUUUUGUGACGUACAACUAUCCUCAGUACCGAGCAGAGAGACUCAGUAACCACACGCCCAGGCUCAGCAGUGAAGGAGUGGAGCUGUUGUCAAAGUUCCUGCAGUUUGAGGGGAAGAAGAGGAUCUCGGCAGACGAGGCGAUGCGCCAUCGUUACUUCAGUAACCUCGGAAACAGAGUGAUGACGCUUCCUGACACGACGUCCAUCUUCAGUGUGGCGGAAGUUCAACUGGAAAAAGAAGCAAUCAGACCGACAGUCACUCCUGACCCAGUCAAACAGACUCCACCCUCUCCACAAUGGCCAAGACCAGAGAGCUGUGUAAGCACAUCAGGGAUAAAACUGUAGACCUGCACAAGGCUGGGAUGGCCUACAGGACAACAGGCAAGCAGCUUGGUGAGAAGGCAACAACUGUUGGCGCAAUUAAGAAGUAAGAGCACUGAAGAUGGGUCGUGGCUGGGUCUUCCAGCAUGACAACGACCCGAAACACACAGCCAGGGCAACUAAGGAGUGGCUCCGUAAGAAGCAUCUCAA